AUAUUUAGGCUGGACCCCACGCCAGCAAAAUCUGCCAUGUUUCCCUAACAGCUGUACACUGCAUCUCUAGCGCAGAUCAUCCCAACUUUGUUACAUUUUGGUGUUGUCAUGGUAACUGAUGACGAUAGUGUAGGCUUUUUAUCGUUUUUGAGAGCAGGAUACAUACAGCCUCCACUUCGGAUCGAAGCGGACUGUUUGCCCUCGUGUGCGCCUAAGGACCGUGGAUGAGUGACUUUCUUACUCGUGUGUGUAUUUUACCAUGUGUGUCACACGGUAACUUAGGACGCACAUACACGUGCAGACAGGACCACUGUUUAUGUACCGGACAUACUCUCCAUAAUCAUCAUUCGACGGUCAGGUUACGUGAUCAAUCGUUCCAUCGUUAUGUGGAUAUAGUACCACAUCCAUCGUUACCGCUAGCUUGGUAAACAAGAGGAUUCAGGGUCUUGUUUAACGUUUUCCUUACCUUUGUGUGUAACACAGACAUCUGUUGACGGCAACAGUAUCCGCAUGUGCACACAUGUAACGCACCUGCAGAAUUCUCCGUAAUCAUGGCGGUAGACGCUUGUGGGAAGUUUUUGAAGUAUUCCAUGUUCACAUUUAACAUCGUCAUUGUGAUUGCUGGAUGUUGCUUGGUGGGGUUCGGUAUAUACACAAAGACAAACCAUGUGGGGAUAACUCGCGUAUCGUCUGUCCUCGGCGGAAACCUUGUCGUCACACUUUCGCUCCUCCUCAUCAUCGCCGGAGCUAUCGUCAUCCUCCUCUCCUUCCUCGGCUGUUGUGGUGCAAUCAAGGAGGUCCGAUGCAUGCUAGUUACUUUUUUCGUGCUGCUGUUUUUGAUGUUCGUUGGGUUCGUGGUGAGCGCAGUACUGGUUUAUGCAUUCCGUGAGAAGAUAGAGAAGUAUACACUCGAACAACUGCGGGGCUCACUGUACAAAAACUACGGGUUCGAACCCCAAGUCACAGAGGCCUGGGACUCCAUGCAACAAAUCUUUAAAUGUUGCGGAGUAGAAGGGGACGUCAACUCGACCAGCUCGUGGGCUUUCUACAAGACACACUCGGCGUGGUAUUUUAACCAAACAGGUUCCAUCCAGUUUGUGCCAGACAGUUGUUGUGCUGAUCCCACGAGUACCCCAAACAGGACGGUGUGUACCGGCCAAGCUUUCUCCAAUAUCGCCCCGGUAUUCGGACCUCCCGUCCCCCCGGGAAAGGCCAACAACCAAAUGUAUGACAAGGGAUGUUACACAAAGCUGGAGAGUUUUUUAAUGGGAAACAUAAAAAUCCUACUCGGUGUGCUUUCAGUGAUAGCCUUCAUAAUGAUUCUAGGAAUGGUGUUCUCGGUGUGUCUAUGUAGACGAAUACAGGACGAUCUCUACUGUGACUGACGACUUGAUGUCACAGAGCAGACAGAAGGUCAAUGUGAACGUAAAACCACGAGGGGUAUCGAACAAUUUUGAAAGGGUCGUCUUAUGACAACCCAGUACGUACUUUAACUAAACUUUAGAGGACUACCAAAAAAGACAAUAGCCCUAAAAUGAAAGAGAGGGACAGAAUGAUGCGGACAUCAUGUCCCUUGUGAUUUACUUGCAGAUGUAUGUAAACACUAGAGGGACAUCGAACAUGUACGAUAUGUAUCCCUUGUGGCUAGCAGGGAACGUUAGACAAAGAAGAGUGCACGUGCCUUAUAAUUCAAUUACAAGCGUAUGAAAACAUCAGGGGAGUAUCGAACAGCCCCGUUGAAUGUCCCUGGUGAUCUCUACAUUAUAUUAACAAAUAAUAGGACAAUAAUCCGAAAUUAGAUAGACCCGUGUAAGGAACUGCCCAAUAUAAGCAAAAGAGCACAUCUUGUUCAUCGGCGUGUUCAUCGGAUCUGGAUUGACAUUCCUCCACGGAGGCAUUUGUAUUCAUUCAGGUUGAAAUUAAAUUUUGGUGACAUUUUGACAUUUUUAUCUUAAAAAUCGCCUUUAAGAAUUUCCUACAGACCUAUGUCACAAAACUCAGAUUUUAGAAAUAGCCGUUUUUAAGGUCGAAUGAGUGUAUUGAUAAACGGAAACAGGAAGUACAUCCCUAGUUGAAAAUCCAAUGUAAGGAGACAGAAUCACAA